UGACACAACUGGAUAUUUGUUUAUGUUCCUCUAAGUUCUUUCGGUUUCGCUUUAAGUUUAGUGAUUCACAGUCUACGUAUCUCUGAGUUCAUACUCUACUACACUGACUCAGGACGUGGGACCAGCUGUUACAAUGACAGUGAAAAUGAUCGAUGCUACUCAGCUGCUUGGCAUCCUCACAUUAUUGACCGGGGUGUAUUCGCUGGGACCCCAGGUAUUACACGUCCAGGCAGGGGAGAUGGUCGUGCUGCAGUGCAACGACAUAAGGUACAACGACCGUGAUGCCAAACUGCUGUGGACACUCCACACUACCCGGGGGGAGAAUCUGACUGAUCUGUCACCAUCAGCUGAGCAGAGUCAGAUGGGCGUGCUGAUCCAUGGGCUGGACCUGGUUAUUCUUAGAGCUUCUGCAAACCACGAUGGAAAUUACUCAUGUUCUCAUGGGAAUGCCAGCAGACAGUUCAGGCUGGAAGUUUACACACCAGAGUCCAAGGAGCACGACAAGAGGAUCACGUACCCCUCAACAUGCCAGGAACCAAAGGCCUGCACACUGCUUUGUCCUAGUGCUAUUGAUCAUACUUCUUUGAUGGCCCUCAAUAUUACCAGCAAUGGCGUCAUGUGGGAGAAGGAAGGCGGGUCAGUGCCAAAAAAUGGCUACUUCGCAAGUGUGGACAUGAAAGACGAGGGCUUCUACACCUGCACUAGGUCUUAUCUGUAUCACGGGCAAAUACUUAACAUGACCUUUACAGUGCAACUCUUUGUCCUGCCACAGAAAAGAACUGGAACAUCGAGGAUACUGGCACCACACCACAACGACGUAUUUCGUGUAGAUUUAGACUCGGAGGUGGUGAUUGACUGUGAAGCUGUUGGGUAUUCAAAUUUCGAUGAGGUGUUCUGGUUAAGUGGGGAAUCUUUUGUGGAAACAAACAGCAGCCUCCCGGUGUACUACAGUCUUACGCAAGAAGAAAGCACUGAUGACAUAAAGAUGAAGGCAUCUCUAGUCUUCAAAAAAGUGUCCAAGGAGGAUCUCUCACAACCUUAUACAUGCAAACUGGAAUCGGCUCUCCAGUCUUCAAACUUUGUCACCAUCACUCUGACCCAAAAAGCACGUCCUGUAAUCCUCCCCCUGGUUCUCUGCUUUGCGGGCAUCAUGGUUGUGAUCAUUCUGUCCGUGGCUGUUUAUAUGAAGCGAAAACAGAACCGCCGAAGCACCUCCUUGCACAUGGAGCAGGGGUCCAUCAUCAGAGGCCUUUCAGCAUCUUCGAGAGGCACCUCCGCCUAGCUGCUAAGCAGCGAAUCUAUAAGACUUUCUAUAUAAGAGUUUCCAGACCUCAUCAUUAAAUCAAUCAGUCAAUCUAUCUAUCUAUCUAUCUAUCUAUCUAUCUAUCUAUCUAUCUUUAAUUAUUAUUAUUAUUAUUAUUAUUAUUAUUAUUAUUAUUAUUAUUUUACAAACUACUGUCUAGAAGCAGCCAUGCUGAGUAGAGAGCUGCAUGCUGUUUACAAACUGGGGACGUGAGCAUUAUUGGAUUAGGUAGAACAUAUUAUUCUGCUCGCUCUACGCACACUUUUGGGAGAUGAGAGAGUUAACAGUCCUGAAUGUACUGAAGUGUUUAUAUUCUGCAGCAAACUGUAGACUGUUUGAUGGAAAGAAAGCAUGCAGAUGAUAAAGUCUGUGAUUGCAACAGGCAACUCUACUAUUUUCUUUCCUUCCGCCAGUCUGUAUGUUUGUUGAGUGCCAUAUUCAAAUCACAAAAAGUCCCAACGCAUAAACGAGUGAUUUAAAAAUGCCACGAUAAGGGCAGGUCACUGUAAAUGAUGUUUUUCCGCCACCUAGUGGGCACAAAUCUGCAAGUGCAGCUUCAGAGAGCAUCAUUUUUU